AUGGCCUCCGCUGGUGAUGCAAUAUUAGCAUUAACUGGGAAGCGAACAACUGGACAGUCGAUACGGACUCAAAAUGUGAUGGCGGCAGCAGCUAUUGCAAAUAUUGUAAGAUCGUCAUUAGGACCGGUUGGCUUGGAUAAGAUGCUUGUUGAUGAUGUUGGGGAUGUUAUUGUUACUAACGAUGGGGCGACAAUUUUGAAACAGCUGGAAGUACAGCAUCCUGCGGCCAAAGUCCUUGUUGAAUUAGCUCAGUUGCAGGAUGAAGAGGUUGGGGACGGGACGACUACUGUGGUUAUUAUUGCUGCUGAGUUGCUGAAGGCAGCUGAUGAGUUAGUAAAGCAUAAAUUACAUCCAACAACUGUGAUCAAUGGGUAUCGUCUUGCUUGUAAGGAAGCUGUUCGAUAUAUUGAUGAGAUUGGUCGCGAUUCUAUAACUCGAACGGCUCAAACGUCGAUGUCAUCAAAAAUUGUUGGACCGGACUCUGAUUUUUUCGCUGAAAUGGUUGUUGAAGCUGCUACGCUAGUUAAAACUGUUGAUGCCCAAGGGCGUGUCAUAUAUCCGAUCAAGGCAGUUAACGUUUUGAAGGCACAUGGUAAAUCUGUUCGUGAAAGUCAGCUGAUUAAGGGUUACGCGUUGAAUUGUACUGUCGCAAGCCAAGCUAUGCCCCUCCUAAUUAAGAACGCUAAGAUUGCCUGCCUCGACUUUUCGUUGCAAAAAGUUAAAAUGCAUCUUGGUAUCUCCAUUGUAGUGGAAGAUCCUGAAAAGCUGGAAGCUAUUCGGCGGCAGGAAAGUGAGAUUACUAAAGAAAGAAUUGCCAAAAUACUUAAGUCUGGUGCCAACGUGAUUUUGACGACUGGAGGCAUUGACGACUUGUGUUUAAAGCAGUUUGUUGAAGCAGGUGCUAUGGCGGUUCGACGUUGCAAAAAAGUUGACCUAAAGAGGAUUGCUAAAGCUACUGGAGCAACAUUAACAACGUCGUUGGCUACGUUAGAGGGAGAGGAAGGAUUUGAUGUCGCACUGCUCGGAUUUGCUGAAGAAGUCGUUCAGGAAAGAAUUUCAGACGAUGAAUUGAUUUUAAUUAAGGGAACUAAAGCGCGAACUUCAUCUUCCAUUAUUUUGCGUGGUGCAAACGACGUAAUGUUGGAUGAAAUGGAAAGGUCGAUUCAUGAUGCUUUAUGUGUCGUUCAGCGUGUUUUGGAAAGUAAAAAGGUUGUUGUCGGAGGUGGGGCUGUUGAAGCUGCUUUGAACGUCUACUUGGAAGCAUUUGCUACGAGCUUGUCCAGUCGCGAACAGCUCGCAGUUGCUGAGUUUGCUAAUUCAUUAUUGGUGAUACCGAAAACUUUGGCUGCAAAUGCGGCUCGUGACUCCAGCGAAUUAGUGGCUAACUUACGUUUGUUCCAUAACAAGGCCCAGAAAUCAAAAGAGUCUUCGCAUUUUAAGUGGGCUGGUUUGGACCUCGAAAAUGGAAAAGUUCGGGACAACAAGGAGGCAGGAGUUUUUGAACCACUAAUCAGCAAAGUUAAAAGCUUGAAGUUUGCAACAGAAGCAGCAAUAACAAUUUUGCGAAUUGAUGAUCUUAUUAAGCUAGAAAAACCUAAAAGAGCACCAGAGGUGGAUGAGGAGGGUUGUUUAUCAUAA